AUGAGAAGGGAAAAUAAAAAAAGGAGGCGGGAAGAAAGGAGAAACGAGAAGAAUGAAGACCUGCAGGCACAGCAAGCGAGCAGGAGGAGGCAGGAAGAAGAACAGGAAGAGGAAGAAGAGGAAGAAGAGGAAGAGAGAGAAGAAGAAGAAGAAAGGGGAGAGAGAAGAACCAACUCGCAGGGGGAAAAAAGGGAGAGAGAAAGAAGGAGAAGAAAGCAAGAAAAAAAAAGAAGUGGAAUGGAGAGGGACUAG